GUACAAAUUUUGGCGGGGAAAUACCCGGAAAGUAUAGUUCAUAUUUUUCUUCAUUUUGUGGCAAAAUGAGCAAGAAAUCCGACGAUGAAGGUAUCUAAGAGAUCAAGAAUACGUUUAAAUCAUUAUCCGGUUUAAUUUGAAGCGAAUAUGAGUCGUUUUAACAUUUCCUGUCCGUUUAAAUUCUCAGCCUCAGAUGCUGUUUUGAACUAUCUCACCAAACAAAACAGACCUUACAGCGCGGGUUGGUACUUUCUGAAACUGUUUUCUGCAAUAUCACAAUACAGGGAUGAAGUCAAUGCAAAAACUCAUGUUUCCUAUUCUGCUUUAUUCCAGUUGACAUAUUUUCAAAUCUCCACAAAAAGUUUGGAAAAACGGUAACUUAAAUGUUUUUAUAGCCUGUUUCUUAGCUCGCCUAGAGCCUGUUGAUGACAGACCUUUUUAACUAAACAACUUAUUAACAAGAAGUUCAAUUAUUUUCCUGUAUACUUUUCAAAAUCAUUUUCUCAGGCAGUUCAAAGAAGUCUGGAGAAGCUUGCCAGUAAGGGUGUUAUAACAGAAAAGAUAAAUGGCAAACAAAAAGUAUAUGCACCAAAACAAGUAAGAUACCUUAAUAAAUUAAAUAGCAAUAAUAGUAAUAAUAAAUGUAAUAAUAAUAAUAAUAAUAAUAAUAAUAGGUACAUGCCACAUUACGUGGUCCUUAAACAGUAUUCUUUGUGGUACUGUGAUCACUGCAUCCUUCUCUCUCCUCCAAAGAGGUUCCUGUUGGGCAUUCAAAUUAAAAUUGAACCCCGCAUGCCAGCCUCCCGACGACACAAAGUGGUCUCUGCAGAGGAGAGAGCUUUAUCCUUAUUGUUUAAGUACUUUUAACAAUAUGGAAAUCACCUGUUGAGAAAAUUCUACACUAUCAGUUUUCCCUCAAAUAGGGUGUAAUGUUUUGGUUAUGGACCUCAAAAAAGGUAGAGAUAUUUCCAAUUUUCAACGUUUUCAAUUUUUCAGCUUUUUUGGAAUAUGCCUAGCCUAUCCAAAAUUGGUUUUACAGGGUUGUCAUUAAGAGCCGGGGGCCGGGGAUUUUCCCCGGCUACUUUCAUCGGAAAAUAGAAGAAAAAUAGAACCAAAAGAAAUCCCUAGCCAUUUGAUUCCCCGCCUACUUGUUGUAUUUACCCGGCAACUUGAAAUCUUAGUGACAACCCGGGUUUUAUAAGUACCUCUCCCAAACUAUCAUCUUAUCAAGAUGAUGUUUUUUGUUAUGUAAGUUAUUAUUAUUAAUUUACUGCAAUGACAUACCCAAUGGUCGUGGUAUUUCUUAAAGGGACCUAUCUUGUUUGCAGGACCAGUUUGGGGAGUAUGAUGAAAAUGAAGUGAAGAAAAUUGAUGAGAAAAUCCGUUUAUCACAAGAAAAGUUGAAGCAGUUGCAGGAAACAUUGAAAACUCAAGAUGCAGGUAAAUAGCCAGCACAGAAGUUUCAAAAGAAUGGUUCUUACAUUGCAUUCAACAAUCUUUGUCUCAUUAUCAUCAUCAUCAUCAUCAUCAUCCCUAAGAGAGUAGUGUUGCGUGAGCAAAGAAAUGCUGCUUAGGAGACUGAUGCCAUUAGGGCUGAACGACCGAUUGAAACAAAGGUCAAUUAUUUUGAUUCAACAACAAAGAAACCCACCUGAAAGGAGGCAAAUGAGCAGGUGAAGUACAAGCAUGACAAAGACCUUAAACUUAACCCGAGGCAUCCAGAGAAAAGGGAAUUUGUUUUGAAAAGAGGGAGUUGAAAAAAAAUUGCAGCUAGUUACAGUGUGUUACUUAAGCAGGAAAACUAGUUUAUCAUAAAAGGUUUUAAAAAACUAGGUUGUAAACUGACAGGUUGUGUUUGAGUUAUUAAGACAGGAACAUAAUAAUGAAAAGAUGAUUAAAAGAAGUCCAUUGAAAAAAAAGAAGAAAAAGAAAAAAUAAAUCUUUCUCCUGCACUUUUUCUGGACUAAAUUUCCAGUGCACCCUUAAAAUUCAUUAGGCAAGCCCUGAUGUUAUGUUCUUCAAGUUAAGCAUUUACCAUGAUAUACAGGGGUGUUGGUGAUCUUUAUUUAAAUUUAGAGCUGCGGAAUGUCAACAGUACGCUGACAACCAAAGAUGCCAAAGCUAGAUUAGAAGAUCUGACCAAUAAGGUACUUGUGAAAUGAAUUACUGCAAUAGCAUUGCAACCUGCUUGUGGGGAUGGGGGCAGUUGUUGAACAGAUUAUAAAACACAAGCAGUGGAGGACAAAGCCUUUGGAUGAUUUAUCACUUAUAUAAGGAACAAUGUUUCCUGACUUAAGUUCCUUUACCAGCUAAUGGUAAGGCCCACUCUCUUUGCGCAAAGCAAUCUACUCUAUUAUGUAAACCUUUCAGCUUCUUUCGCAUGGUUUUGACCUUCUUCAUUCUAAACCAAGGUCUGAAGGGUAGCUAUUCCUCGCUUUCUUAGAAAGGCUGACACAAAACACACCGUUGACCAAUCACAGUGCAGGACUUUCUAAAUGAGCUGCAACUUGUGACAUUGAAAUUUAUUGUCUAACAAGUUGAGAUCAAAGGUGGUAAUAUGGGUAACAAUGCAACAAUGUUGCGUGACAAGUUGAGCGAAAAUGUUGCCAGUAUUACUUGACCUUAAGAAGUACCAAUCCACAAAUUUUACCCUCCUGUAAGAGUAGGCCUAUCAAUCAAGGUACUUAAGGCCUAGCCCCCUGGGUGUAUUUUUGCUGCCCUCCAAGCUAAUUACAGCAUUUCACAUAAAAAUGACAAAUCAUGUCUUUCAGUGCAACAAAUACCAGGAACGAAUCAAGGACAUCAAGUCUGGUAAGAUAAUGAUUUUUUACAAUGAGUAUAGGCUGGCUACUCUGCUUGGCAUUUCUUUAUGGAUAGCAUUUUAUAUCCCUGGACUGGCCACUUGCUUUGACAACUCAGCAGUCUUCUUUAAAACUUUCUCCCGACCUGCCCCUGGGAUUUGGUUAUCAAUGUAAGCAUUUCAGACCCUAAAGUUUGGCUGUUUUUUCAAUGCUAAAGCUAUCUUUUUCAAAAUUUUCUUUUUAGCCUCAAACCAUGUCACUCCAGAGGAAAAGGAUAAGGUUAGACAACUGAAUUUGUUAGUAAUUUGUGUCUAUAAUGAUGUUUGACAAAUGGUUAUUAUUUUCAAGUACUUUUGUCUCAGUGAACUUGCUUUUACUUUGAAUCUUCAGAUCUACAAAGAACACAAACUAUAUGUUCAGUCCUGGAGAAAAAGAAAGAGAAUGGUAGGAAAGUGGUUUAUCUCACUGGUGAUAUCUAUGAUUAAAUUUAGGUGAUUUUCCAUUAUUAUGUACGCCUCAUUGUUUACUUUGUAUUGCAAUUCUGUAUAUUUUCCUCUUCAGGCAACUGAAAUUUUAAAUAGCAUCCUAGAGGGAUAUCCCAAGCCAAAGAAACAACUCUUUGUAAGUGCCAUUCAGUGACAAAUAGUCUGUGCUGCGUGCAGACAAAAUUUACUGCUGUUAAUUAACGACCGCAUCACAGAGCAUGGUUAUUACGGGCACAGCAAGUUCAGUCCAGAAAACAUUAGUGACUAUCUUUUUGCUACAAAUAUUUAAUUACAAGAAUUAAAGUAAAUUUAAUAAAUAGUUUGAAAUUACUAGAGAGGAGAGGUGUGAUGUCACAUCACCAUGGUAGCAAAAUGUUUGGAUAGCAACAAAAGGGAGCUUGGGCAACAAAGACGGCGACAGCAAGAAAAACGGCAAGAAAAGCAAUAAGUUUAUAAUGUAAAACGGCAACUUUGCACGCACAUCACGCUUUUUUGCACAUUUUUUAGCGAUCGUUGCACAACAUGAAACUUUCUAAUUAUUUCACAUGAACACAUCAUAGAAAAUUUCACCAACAUUUGACAAAUUAAAUGAAGUUGAAUGAGAUAAAUGAAGCUUGAAACAGUGCGACUUUACUUUUUAUGUGAAUUUUCGGUUUGUUGUCAUGCAAAUUUUGCUACCAUGGCAAUGUGACAUAACGACUUCUCCUCUCUCCGGAUGGUAGCACAGAUAAACAAAUUGAGGGAGGAGGUGAGGUAGCGAGCAAUCUCUCCACAAUUCAAGCUUCAACUUGAUGUUGUAACACUGCUCGCAUUUUGAGUCUGAAGGCAUACAUCUAUAACUCUUCACACCUCUUCUCACUUCUUCGUGGGAGUUCAACUGUUCAAAUGUACAGGUACUGAACAGAGGUACCAGUAAUAAUGGUAACUGGGCCUAAUUGUUUUGACCAUGGCAGGAUUAGCUCAGUUGGUAGAGCUCUUGACUGCAGAGCGGGAGGUCGCGAGUUCAAUUCCCGGGAUUGGACCAACACUCAGGGUCUUAAAAUUACUGAGAAAUGGAGGUACUGCCUUUUCCCUGCAAAUGGCUAGACCUACGUGUGGCACGGAUGACCAGGUAAAAUGGCAGUCCCAUCUCCAGUAGGAGACGUAAAAAUAUAGUGUCCCCAGUUAGUGCUUUCAUGCUAAAUACAUUGACACUCAAAUAAAGUGCAUUUUUUUGUUCAAAACAUGAAUAACACUAUCCACAGGAUAAAUCUCUAUCCGGUGGAUAACACAGUUGGUUUCCCUAGAAGUUAUUUGCUGGAUAGUGAUUUAUCUGGUGCAACAACCCAGGCCUGGAGUUCAUCCAUUCAGAACUAAAUGUAUUUUGAACUUCUUUUUGAACUAAAGGUUUGUUUCCUUACUGAAACUUUCUAUACUGUGAUCGCUAUUUUUAAGACCAUUUCCUUGCCUUUCAGGAGGACAUUGGUAUCGAAACGGAUGAAGAGUAUGGUGCAGUUAUACCUAGCACUUAA